GUCGCCAUCCAGCAGGCAUCCCUGCAGGAGGCACAACUACAGUGGGCAUUAGGAGAGAUAAAAGCGGAGUAGGAGAAGAUGAUUAGGAGAAGAGCUAGGAUGCAGCGGAGAGCGGCAGACAUAGAGGAGCAAGAGACGAUGGACCUGGCGAACAUGGAUGAUGAUGUGAGGGUAGUUAGGAAGGCCAUGUUAGGAGUAAUAGAGAUGCAGGAGCACCAGACUACCAUCCUUCAGGACAUUCAGCAGAGCCUAGCCAUUCUGGUAGGGCGUUCUCAGGUGGCACCAUCACCACCCGGGCCUGGUGCCUGGCUUGUGGCAUAUCCUCCUUUUUCUGUCCCACCGGUGACAGGGGUAUCCCCAUAUGUAGCCCCGUCAUCGGUUGCUAUCGUUUCCCUGGGCAUGCCGCUGUCAGGAGGGGUAACAGCAGGGAGUAGUUUGCAGGUUUUUGUUAAGACAGUGUUUACUCAAAAUUCGUCGCAGGUUGCAGUCACCACGCAGCAUGCUGUCUCGCCUGUGCCGCCACAGGGCACACAACCCCAGCAAUUAUCACAGCAACCUGUAUCACCGGGUCCACAGCCCGGAGUGGUGCAGGGACCGGGGCAAACACAGUGGGUUCCAAAGACUGCCAUCGCCGCUCCCAAACUUUUCACAGGGGAUAAGAGAGGCGAAGACCUCAACGCGUGGUUGAGGGCAGUGUCGGUCUACGUCAGGUGUAAACUCACCUUGCCGCACGAAGAAGUGCUUGUGGCUGCAUCAUGCCUAAAGGGUAGUGCAGCAAGAUGGUUGAGCGGUUUAGUGCAGCUCCAGGGAUAUGGUCAUGACUUCCGCACUUGGGCAGCCACCCAGAAACUGGAUGACUUCCUGAAGAUGGUGGAGGAAAGGUGGCAUGAUCCUCAGGAGGCCCAAAGCGCUACUGAUGCGAUCAUGACACUGCACACGCGGCAGUUUAAGUCAGUAAGGGAAGCCACCGACGCUGUUGAGCGUCUGAUCUGUCUUCCUGGGGUGCGCUAUGACCCCCAGUGGACAGAUGAGUGCGAGGUUGCUUUCAGACAUGUGAAGCAUGCGUUGACGCACUACGAGGUCUUGAAACUUCCUGAUCCUGACAAGCCGUUCAUAGUCACCACGGAUGCCAGCCAAUAUGGCAUUGGCGCCGUGUUCGCGCAACAGGAGGGGCCAAAGUUGAGGCCAGUAGAGUACCUGUCCAAGAAAAUGUCGUCUCAUAAGUUGGCUAAGUCCACCUAUGAGAAGGAACUCUAUGCGGUGUACAAGGCUCUGACCCAUUGGAGACACUUUCUCCUUGGGAGGUUCUUCAUCCUCAGGACUGAUCAUCAGACCCUGAGAUGGAUGAGAACCCAGCCAGUACUCUCUGACGCUCUCAAGCGUUGGAUCGAAGUCAUUGAGCAAUAUGACUUUGACCCUCAGUAUCUCAAAGGGGAGUACAACAAGGUUGCUGAUGCCUUGUCGUGCAGACCGGACUUCUCAAGUGCGCUGGUUACUGAGUUCGAUCUUGCGGACAAUGUUACUCAAUCCAUGGUGGAAGCCUAUCGCGAGGACCAGUUCAUGUCUGAGAUCAUACGCAGGCUUCAGGCGAAGGACAAGAGGACUUCUGCUGAGUUUGAGUUAGUCAAGGGCUUGCUGUUUCUCGAAAAGGCAGGCAAUAAAAGCCUGGUGAGAAUCUGUACAUGGACUUCAUGGAUACGCUGGUCACCAGCAAGAAUGAAGAGGGAGAAAAAGAGGAGGGAGGAAGUUAAUCGGCUGACCGCAGAGGUGGAGAAGGUGAGAGCCUGUAGACAAGAAGUGCAGGCGCAGGCAAAUGUUUCUUCCAAGAUGGAUAAGAUGCUGGGGUAUCUAGAAGUAUUAAGUGAGGCCUGGCUGGAGGAAUGCCAAGCCAAUUGGGGUCACGAUGUGGCCCUGAAUGCCAUGCGGUCAGGAUUUCGAGAGUUUGCGCGCGACAUGGUUACCCACGUUGGGGCCGAGGUCAGGCGGUUGAAAGAUAACGUGGGGAAGUUAUGUGAAGGCGCCAUUGAAGGCGCCAAAGCAAUAGCCACCGUCGAGGGCGAGGCCAAACCCCGUACGGAACCAGUUAAGCUUAAGUUCCCAGACGCGUACAUCGGGAAGCCUAAGGAGAAUUUCGAUAACUGGGAGGCUAGUGUAAACAAUUAUGUUUACUUACAGCAUAUCGUACAGGACGAUCAGGUCCUUGUAGCCUUCCAAGCCCUCAAGGAGGAAGCGGCUAGUUUUGCUAGGUCCCUCGCGCGCGCGGCCGGUUGCGAAAACAACAUGGUCGCUUAUUCCAAAGUCACUCCCCUCCCUCAAUUCUUCAAGCUCCUUAGGGAGCGGUUUGCUGAUCUUCGCGGGGGCGUAAGAGCCUCUGACAAACUCCAAACCAUCCACUCACGUCAAUGGAGGAGUGCCAGGGCACUCAAAGCCGUUAUGGACGACCUGGUGGCCGUCCCGGACCAUGGGGUGACUGAGUCCCAACUGGUCCAACUGUUCUAUCGUGCCAUGCCAGAGCCCUUACGAGGGCACUUCUUUGACAAGUCCCAACAGCCCACUAUGAUGUAUGAUGCGCUCAAUAGAGAAGUGGUGCUGUUCGAGGCAAAGUCGAUGCCAGUUUCCACUUUCUGGCACAAAGACUUAGAUAAGGGCAAAAAGUGGAAAGGUCGUACCAUCUCUGGCCAAGUCAGGGCCAAGGAUCAUAUGAUCCUUACGUUGGAGGAAGGUGGUAUUGACGAGGUCCCGUACAGUCAGAUUGAGUGGGGCCUCGAGAAGGAGGACAGUAGCGUGGGACAGGGGAGGUCCUAUGCUGCUGUCGCAGCUGAAUGGAGGCCGCAAGGUAGAGGAGGAGGCCAGGGCCAAAGGGGCCAGGCCAUGGGAGGCCGAGGAUCGGGCGCACAGGGGGUUGGUGGUCCAGGGAACCGUCAAGCGGGAGGUAGGGGUCAAGGUCCCCCGCCGAAUCGCCAAGGUCCUAGUCGGUCCCCACAACGACGAGGUGGCAGGUCACCUCAAAGGUCAGGAGGUUGGCACCCAGGCUGACCGCAAGGCUGGCCCUAGACCAGAAUGUAUGGCAACAGCGGAUGGAGCAGGGGCAGUGCAUUUACUGUGGUGACUCUGCCCACAUCAUAAAAUAUUGUCCUAAGUAUAGACAGGCCCGGUGGGCUGCCCAGGAGUCAAAAGGCAUCCGCUGGUAGGAGUCACAACUGCCCCUACUCUUAGGCCAUGUGGGAAGCGAGCGCACGCAUAGAGGAAACUUCCACACCACAUGAGCCUUCGGUAGAGGUUGCAGGCCCGUGCCUAGUUCGCUGUCCAGAGACUGCUUGUGUCAACGUCUCUCUAGGCACGUCCCUCACAGGCGUGGCAGAAGAAUUGAAGGAGAGGAUGCCUGCCUGGGCCAAAAUGAAGAAAGACAGUAAAGAGCAGCUAGUGCU